UUUUGCCUACUUGAACAUAAUUAGAUCUAAUAACUUUAAACAUUUUGGUUUUCAAACAUUGAACACAAACUGUUUUAGUUUUAUAAAUAGGCUACAGAUUCAGAAUUCUAAGUUCUUUAGGGUGUUUUAUAGACCUAUAGGCCUACCUACGUUGCGAUUAGGACUUUAUAAAAUGUGUGAUUGCAAAAGCUCACGUUUAGGCAAAGAUAGGCAGGUAUUUUAGUGGCAUAUAAGAUAACUGUGAUAUCAUGAAUAUGUAUUUCCCUACGUUUCCCAAAGUCCAUUGCGGACUCGUGAUUCGCCAUAUUGAGUCUUGCACGAACGCACAAGGAGAUAUGCUACAGUGUAUCCAGUAGGCUGCACACGAAAUCCCGGAACGAUGACCCAGACAGUUCAGACCAACGGGGUGCAGCCCCUCAGUAAGACAUGGGAACUCAGUCUAUACGAACUGCAGCGCACCCCGCAGGAGGCAAUAACGGACGGGCUGGAGAUCGCGGUGUCUCCCCGCAGCCUGCACAGUGAGCUCAUGUGCCCCAUUUGCCUGGACAUGCUGAAGAACACGAUGACCACAAAGGAGUGUCUCCAUCGCUUCUGUGCUGACUGCAUCAUAACAGCGCUGAGAUCUGGGAAUAAAGAGUGUCCAACGUGCAGGAAGAAACUGGUGUCCAAGCGUUCCCUAAGGCCAGACCCCAACUUUGACGCGCUGAUCAGUAAGAUCUACCCCAGCAGAGACGAGUAUGAGGCCCAUCAGGAGAGGGUCCUGGCCCGGAUCAGCAAACACAACAACCAGCAAGCCCUCAGCGACAGUAUUGAGGAGGGCCUGAAGAUCCAGGCUAUAUACAGACAGAGGGGGAAGAAGCACCAGAUGGAGAACGGCAGCGGGGCGGAAGAGAACGGCGACAGCUCCCACUGCAGCAACGCCUCGGUUCACAGCAACCAGGAGGCCGGGCCCAGCAUCAAGCGCACCAAGACCUCCGACGACUCAGGCCUGGACAUGGACAACACGGCUGAGAACGGCACGGGGGACCUGGCCCUGGAGGGCGGCAGCGAGAUCGAGCUGGUCUUCCGGGCACACCCCACGCUCAUGGAGAAAGACGACGCGGCACAGACACGGUAUAUCAAGACUUCUGGAAACGCCACAGUCGACCACCUGUCCAAGUACCUGGCUGUGAGGUUAGCCCUUGAGGAUCUUCGUAAGAAUGGAGAUGACAGCCCCAUUAAUGUGGAGGCAGCCAGUGAAAAGCAAUACACCAUCUACAUCCCCACUGCCAACAGUCAGUUCACGGUACUGAAUGGGUCGUUCUCUUUGGAAUUGGUCAGUGAGAAAUACUGGAAGGUCAACAAGCCCAUGGAACUGUACUUCGCCCCCACCAAGGAACACAAAUAGCCCUGCCAUCGGACAGGCCAAAAAAAACUGACACUGUUCUUCCUCUCAUCCCUUUCUCUUUGGAGUUAUUAGUCACAGGACCUUGUGUUUUUGAGUAUCUGUGACUGCUUUUUCGUCUUUUGUACAAGAUACAGAAUGUAUGUGUGCGUGUGUGAUGAGUAUUGUAUGCUAUUUAUUUGUUCCAAAUUCCAUUCUGUUUACUGUUCAAAUCGAGGAAUUUUUAGUUUGCAAUGAAUUGAUUUAAUCCAAGCCUGUUUUGUUGUAUCCGAGCCUUGACAUUUAGGCUUAUCGCUUUUCCGUUUAAAGUUUAACUUUUGUAUUGAAAAGAGAACCGUUUAUUAGACAAGCAAGUUUCACUCAGUAAUUCAUCUAAUGAGCCUGAGUGUCUCUGAGCAUGUAUCUGUUUUUCAUUUCCAGCCCAUAAACAAAUAAACACUUCAUACAAACCGA